AUGGGCAGCGAGUUCUUUCCCGAAGUGCCAUCAUUUUGUCGUCUUCUCGCCAGAGAACACCAAACGUAUUGCAUGAAUCAAGCGAUGCUCAGCCUCAGACAAGUCUACGAUUAUUGCCGCUAUGCAAACUACGGUCAACCGGAUUCCGUUUGCGAGGAGCGUAUUUCGCAUAUCGACUGGCAUAACAUUCAGCGACAAAUCCUCGAAUCAACGGGCACUAUCCGAUCCGAUCGAUCAUCACUUCCAACAAUGCCCGUCGAAGCGACAAUCAACUCCGAGAAUCCCUAUGCACAAAACUUUUUCAUUCCACAAAACAAU